CAACACUUCAUUGAACAAAUAAAACAAUUAAAGAAACCAUUUUCAGAAUUUUGUGAUCAUCACACAAUGUCCAACCUUAACCAUAUGCAUACAUUUCCAAUUCAAGCUACUUUGUUGGUUUCUUUGUUGCUAGCUCUAUGCCAAAUCACUUCAGGACUGACACAAUUUGAAGCCUUGUUAAAGUGGAAACAAAGUCUCCCUCAACAACCAAUUCUUGAUUCAUGGAUCAUUAACAACUCUAGUUCAACACAAACACCAUGUUUAUGGAGAGGUAUCACUUGUGAUGAUUCUAAAGGAAGUGUUACAAUCAUAAACUUGGCAUAUACUGGACUUGAAGGUACUCUUAAUCACUUAAAUUUGUCGGUUUUUCCUAACCUUGUUCGUCUUGAUCUUAAAACAAACAAUCUCACCGGUGUUAUACCUGAAAACAUCGGUGUUCUUUCGAAACUUCAAUUUCUUGAUCUUUCUACAAAUUAUCUCAAUGGAACUUUGCCUCUUUCUAUAGCUAAUUUGACUCAAGUUUAUGAGCUUGAUGUUUCAAGAAACGAUGUGUCUGGUAUAUUAGACCGUCGUUUGUUUCCUGAUGGCACUGAUAAGCCCAGUUCUGGGCUUAUCAGUAUCAGGAAUCUACUUUUCCAAGAUACCCUUUUGGGCGGUCGAUUACCAAACGAAAUAGGGAACAUAAAAAACUUGACUAUACUAGCACUUGAUGGAAACAAUUUCUUUGGUCCUAUUCCUUCAUCUUUAGGAAACUGUAAACAUUUAAGCAUUCUAAGAUUGAAUGAAAACCAAUUAUCUGGCUCAAUACCACCAAGUAUUGGCAAAUUGACCAACCUAACUGAUGUAAGGUUUUUCACCAAUAACCUAAAUGGCACCGUGCCACAAGAAUUUGGAAACCUUUCAUCUUUGGUUGUUUUACAUCUUGCUGAGAACAAUUUCAUUGGUGAGUUACCACCUCAAGUUUGCAAAAGUGGCAAACUUUUGAAUUUCAGUGCAUCCUUUAACAGUUUCACUGGUCCAAUUCCAAUAAGUCUUAGAAACUGCCCUUCUUUGUAUAGAGUUAGACUUGAAUACAACCAGUUAACCGGUUACGCAGAUCAAGAUUUUGGAGUUUAUCCAAAUCUUACUUACAUGGAUUUCAGCUAUAAUGCGGUCCAAGGUGGUUUAUCUUCUAAAUGGGGAUCCUGUAAAAACUUGCAAUACCUGAGUUUGGCUGGUAAUUCAGUGAAUGGAAAAAUUCCCAGUGAGAUUUUUCAAUUGGAACAAUUACAAGAGCUUGAUCUAUCCUAUAACCAAUUAUCAGGAACUAUUCCUCCACAAAUUGGAAAUGCUUCAAAUUUGUAUCAAUUAAAUUUGGGUGGAAAUAGGCUUUCUGGUAAGAUACCAAUUGAAAUUGGAAAGCUUUCAAAUUUGCAAUACUUAGACCUUUCAAUGAAUUCGUUUUUAGGAGAAAUUCCAAUUCAGAUAGGUGAUUGUUCCAAUUUGCUGAAUUUAAAUUUGAGUAACAAUCACUUGAAUGGCUCAAUUCCUUUCCAAAUUGGAAACCUUGGAUCAUUACAAGACUUUUUGGAUUUGAGUUACAAUUCAUUUUCAGGGGAAAUUCCAUCUAAUAUUGGUAAGCUUUCAAAUUUGAUAAGCUUGAAUAUCUCAAACAACAAUUUGUCAGGUAAAGUACCUAAUCAAAUCAGUGGAAUGUUGAGUUUGUCAAGUCUCAACCUCUCUUACAAUCAUUUGGAGGGGAAUGUUCCUAAGAGUGGCAUUUUCAAAUUAAACUCUUCUCAUGCACUUGACUUGAGCAACAACCAAGAUCUAUGUGGUAGUUUCAAGGGUUUGAUACCUUGUAAUGUUUCAUCAAGUGAACCAAGUGAUGGAGGAAGUAACAAAAAAAAGGUUGUGAUUCCAAUCGUUGCUUCUUUAGGAGGUGCGCUUUUUCUUUCAUUGGUAAUUGUUGGCGUAAUUUUGUUAUGCUACAAGAAAAAAUCAAGAACUUUACGAAAGUCUUCCUUUAAGAUGCCAAAUCCAUUUUCAAUUUGGUACUUCAAUGGAAGAGUUGUAUAUAGCGACAUAAUUGAAGCUACCAACAAUUUCGACAACAAGUAUUGCAUUGGCGAAGGCGCGUUUGGAAAUGUUUACAAAGCCGAACUGAAAGGAGGUCAAAUAUUUGCGGUGAAAAAGCUGAAAUGUGAUGAAGAAAACUUAGACACCGAGAGUAUAAAAACAUUUGAAAGUGAGGUUGAAGCUAUGACAGAAACAAGGCACAGAAACAUUGUGAAGCUUUAUGGAUUUUGUUGUGAAGGGAUGCACACAUUUCUUGUUUAUGAGUAUAUGGAUCGAGGGAGUUUAGAGGAUAUGUUGAUUGAUGAUAAGAGAGCAUUAGAGCUUGAUUGGUCUAAACGGUUUGAGAUUGUUAAAGGUGUUGCGAGUGCUCUCUCUUAUAUGCAUCAUGAUUGUUCUCCAGCUUUGAUUCAUAGAGAUAUAUCAAGCAAGAAUGUUUUGUUAUCGAAAAAUCUUGAAGCUCAUGUCUCAGAUUUUGGUACUGCAAGGUUUCUUAAGCCAAAUUCGCCUAUUUGGACUUCAUUUGCCGGCACAUAUGGUUAUGCUGCUCCAGAGCUUGCUUACACAAUGGCAGUGACUGAAAAAUGUGAUGUAUUCAGCUUUGGUGUUUUAGCAUUUGAGAUUCUAACAGGAAAGCACCCUAGUGAUCUUGUUUCUUACAUACAAACAUCAAAUGAUCAAAAGAUUGACUUCAAAGAAAUUUUAGACCCUCGUUUACCUUCUCCUCCAAAGAACAUUUUGAAGGAAUUGGCAUUGGUUGCAAAUUUAGCUCUUUCUUGUUUACAUACACACCCUCAAUCAAGACCUACUAUGAGAAGUGUAGCACAAUUUCUAGAAAUGGAGAGCACAUAAAAUUCUUAGUUGAAGUCCUUUACUGUUUUCCAUUGGUCCAUUUGCAUGUAUAUCUAGACACUAGUUAAUGUUAAUUAUAUCAUAGUGAUUGUAAUUGCCUUUCUUAAAUGGCACCAUAUAUAUUGAAAUGAAUGGAAACUUUAGAUUUAUGCAAGGCCAUUGGAUAUGGAUAUGAUUAACUUUUGUUUUCACUAAUUAUUUUAAAGAUUGACAACAUUAUUUCA